GCGUGCGCGCGUGCGGCGGUGCCUGCGUGGAAACCGAAGGCGCGCGGGGAGAUGAAGAGGCAGGGGACCUCCUCCGAGUGGAAACCGGCGCGGACAGCGUCCGGGAAGGCGGGAGCAGCAAAUGGAUUUCUCAUGGAAGUGUGCGUAGAUUCAGUGGAGUCAGCUAUGAAUGCAGAAAGAGGAGGUGCUGGUCGGAUUGAAUUAUGUUCUGGUUUAUUUGAGGGAGGAACCACGCCUAGCAUGGGUAUCCUGCAAAUAGUGAAGCAGAGUGUCCAGAUUCCAGUGUUUGUGAUGAUUCGGCCACGUGGAGGGGAUUUUUUAUAUUCAGAUCGUGAAGUUGAGGUGAUGAAGGCUGACAUUCGGCUUGCCAAACUUUAUGGUGCUGAUGGUUUGGUUUUUGGGGCAUUGACUGAAGAUGGACACAUUGACAAAGAGCUGUGCAUGUCCCUUGUAGCUCUUUGCCGUCCUCUGCCAGUCACUUUCCACCGAGCCUUUGACAUGGUUCAUGAUCCAAUGGCAGCUCUAGAGACCCUCUUAACCUUGGGAUUUGAACGAGUAUUGACCAGUGGGUGUGAGAGUUCAGCACUUGAAGGACUUCCUUUGAUAAAGCAACUUGUAGAUGAGGCAAAAGGCAGGAUUGUGGUAAUGCCAGGCGGUGGCAUAACAGAUAGAAACCUGCAAAGGAUCCUUGAGGGUUCUGGCGCUACCGAAUUCCACUGUUCUGCUCGGUCUUCUAGAGACUCAGGAAUGAAAUUUCGAAAUUUCGCUGUUGCAAUGGGAGCUUCUCUUGCCAAUUCAGAAUAUUCUCUAAAGGUAACAGAUGUAACCAAAGUAAGGACUUUGAACGCGAUUGCAAAGAAUAUCCUGGUUUAGUAAAACCUCAGUGAACAACAUGGCUAUCAUAGCAUAAUCCACAGUUCUCUGUGACACAACUUUAACCUUCUCUGGCCAGGAUAGUCAGUCUUUGUUAAGAUUCACAUGGCCAUGGACUACGUUCCUAAGAAGAAAAGGAAACUGAAACAGAGAUAGUUACUUCCUGUGCUUAGUCAUUGCUGGCAUCAUGGUUAAAUUUGGUCUGUGCUUCUUUCGCAGAGAGGCUUACUUAGUUUUCAGUGGAACUAACUGAUGAACUGAGAAAAUUCAACUGCAAGGUAUGAAAUCAGAGUGUGGCUUUAGGGUCAAGUCAAUACCAGUUUUUCUGCUUUUUCAUUUGUAAAAUAAAAAUUUUUAUUCUGUUGUGUGAUAA